AAUUGCAUUCGUAUCUUCAUGGAUUCUUCAAGUUUGAUGUCUACAUUGCAAUUCAUCUCUGUAACCUAUUUUAAGAGUUUUGGUUGUACCUUCAAGUCACAGCACCCUUUGCAGGAAGAAAACUCUUUCUGCAAUCCUCUUUUUUUUUUUUUUUUUUAAUACGUGUAUUAUAUAUCUAAUUUAUUCAAUUUUCCAUGCAUUUGUACUUGUUCAACUUACUGUGAAUUAAAACAAUGUUGAUCUCUGGAAGAACAAACUUUUUGUUUGACACAAACAACCUAGAAUGAAUGAAGAAAUACAUCAGAAACUAUCAAUCCGAACUUCUUAACCGAAGCUUUGAAAACAUCAAUAAACAUUAAAUGUAGUGUUUGCAAAUGUACUUAGAUAAAAAGGAGUACUGGGCCACAGAAAAUUCCACAGGAGUGCUUUGAAUAUUAUACUUUCUAGCCUUAAAAAAUUCUAUCUCAUCUUUUAAAGUUAAUUAUUUCUAAUAAAUGACUUGUUUUAAAAGCUCCAUGCUCAUAAUUUUCAAUGGUUAUUAAUAUUUCAGAGCAUGCAAGACAGAUGAUGAAUGUGGACCAUUGUUCAGUCAAAAAGAGUCUCAGUGUACUGAAAAUUGAAAUGGUUAAAUAGCUUACUUGUAUAUUUAAAAAAAAGUGACUCAAGAUAAAUAAUUGUCAUGUUUAUUCUGUAUAUUUUUUCUUAUUUUUACUUCACAAUUUUAUUGUGAUUUUUUCAUUGAUUGCAAAUGGAAACUUGAAAUGAUCAAUAUGACAUGCAUUACUUAAAUGUGCUCGAUUCAUAUUUACCAAUAUUUACUUUCAUUAAUAUUUGUUUUUGUCACAAAGUGCUUGUGUUACAAAUUGUUGUUCUGACAGUGUCUUGAUGAAAAGCGUUGUAUCAGUUCAAGUAGAUAGUUAUAGACUUGGGUGUACACAUUUUUAUUGAUGAUCUUGUAAAAGUAAUCAUCAAGAACGUUCAAUGUACCAUAUUUUAAAUAUCAACAUAAUGUACAGAUUUAUGUGCAUAAAAAAUAUAAGAAUCGUG